AUGAAAAUCUCUGGUCGAGUGGACGGGUCCGUCCGUGGUGCGGUGCUGAACCGCCCAUCCACGACCUUUAGAAAUGUCCAGCCACCAAGGAGAACCCUUUGCAGAGCGGUCGAAAUCACUACGGAGACGACAACACGUAGAAUCAAAGAACCGCCGCCCUGUUCCAGAAGCUCCAUAUGGCUCCUGUCGACCUUCACGCCUGAAGUCCAUCGAACGCCGCGUGGACAGCAACAGUUCUCCCGUCGCUCCUACAGUACUGCAUCAGAGGCAGCGUCGUCCACCGCAAAGAGUUUGCCUUAUUCACGGCUACUGUCGAAUGACCAGGAAAAGCGACAUUUGAUGUCUUUUGUCGGCGAUAGGGGUGAAGGCAGCGUCCAGGAGCAUUUUGAUUUCCACAGAGACCCGUACCGUAGGGGCUACGCGCAGCCGGAUGGGCCGAAUGUCCAAGUCUCCGACAAGAAACACGACGUGGAAUAUCCAACAAGAGAGGAAACAUUCAAAAUAAACGAUGAAGUGCAGACACAAAUAUCAAAGUUGUAUGCCGCCAUCGGCCAACGACUACGACAUCCGAAUCGAAUUACGCUCGAAGCCAUUUACAAGUUGUAUCUUUUACUGCCCGAGCCGCGCAUGUUAUAUCUCACGUGGCACUGGCGAAACAGACUUCUCAAAGUAAUGGGAACGCCUCCAAAACGUGACAUGGAGUCCAUGUUGCGGUACUUCGCACUGGUGGCUGAUGUCAAGAAUGCCGGGUUGACGCUGCGACGAACGCAGUGGAACUUUGCUCUCGCUUUUGCCACCAAGUACGCAUCGCGACCGUCGGCGCAUGAGAUGGAAUCAGCGCUUCGCCUAUGGAGGGAGAUGGAAAAAGAAGCCAAUGUCUUGGGCAAUGAUGUCACAUUUAAUGUUCUUUUUGACGUGGCUGCCAAGACUGGCAAUUUCACCCUUGCCGAUAUGAUUUACAAAGAGAUGGAGAGCAGGGGAUUUGAGUUUAAUCGUUUUCACCAUGUCAGUCUAAUCCACUACUUUGGUUUACGGCUCGACUCUGGUGGCGUUCGGGCUGCCUAUAAGGAGAUGGUUGACUCUGGCGAGAUGAUUGACACGAUUGUCUUGAAUUGUGUCAUAUCUGGACUUUUGCGAUGCGGAGAGGAAGCAGCCGCGGACGACACUUACGAGCAAAUGAAGAACGCAAACAACCUGUCGUCAGACAUGCCGCAGAGAGAUUACAUGAUGAAUAAGGUGGUCACCAGGGUUUUGAUGAUGUUUUCAAAGGUCGGGAAGCAACACCCCCAGCUGAAAGACUCCUUACAGACAAAUAUUCGGCUCGCACCUGAUUUGCAUACGUACAAGCUCCUGAUACAGCACUACGCAAUACGUGUUGGAAACCUGGCCAAAGUUGCCAGAUACUUGGACGAAAUGAAAUACCUCAAGAUUUCUGCACACCCUACAGUUUUUCUUGCCCUGUUUAAAGGCUUUUAUCUUCAUGGCGGGUUUCCAGGCUCAGAUUGGAGUGAGCAGCGAUUGAACGGUGUUCUUACAUCCUUGUACGAAGCCAAGGACAGUCACAGAGAAGCUUUCCGGAUCGAGCAGUGGCUCGUAAUUUGGGCGUUGAGAGCUGUGAAGAAGUGCUCAUCGAAUGAAGCGGUUGUCAAAACAUUUGACGCUCUCGCUCAACGGUGGGAUAUCAAAGGUGAACGACAACAAUUCUUACACGGUACAGUAGAAAACAUUUUGCAAGAUAAGGAGACGAAAUCAUUAUUGGUGAAUUGA